GUGUGAGCUACUCCCAUUCAGUGGCUCUUGAGAUGCUACCCAUCCAGUGUCCUCUGGCUCAUGUUCAGACAAGCAGCAUCAACUCAAAGCUGCAUUCUUUGACGUCUUGAACAACUAGUUUUUGACACGAGAGGACGAUGGCAACAAAAGUCUUUGGAGCGUUGGCUUCGUUCUUUCUCCUGGCCAGCGUAGCAGUAAUCAUCGCCGUCGCUGUCAUCCAAACUUACAAGAUAACCUACUCAUCCCCCGGACUAAAGUAUGGGAUCGUUUUAGACUGUGGAUCCUCUCGGACGACUGUGUACGUGUACGAUUGGCCCGCAGAGAAAGAGAAUAACACAGGGGUCAUCAACCAAACGUUAAGGUGCCUUGUUAAAGGUCCAGGCAUCUCUGAUUUUGGCAAGAAUGUCACCCAGGAUCAAGAGACGUGGAAGAGCUUCCAGAGCUGCAUGGUCCAGGUCCAGGGGAAGAUCCCGGCGUCCCAGCACAACACCACCUCCAUUUACCUCGGAGCCACGGCAGGCAUGAGACUCCUCCAGCUGCAGAAUGAAGCAAUUUCAAAUAGGAUCAUGCAGAACAUGUCUGACUAUCUUCAGUCAUCGCCAUUCGAUUUCCAAAAUGCUUCGAUCAUUUCGGGAGAAGAGUCAGGUUUAUACGGCUGGAUAACAGUAAACUAUUUAAUGAACAACUUUUUAGAGAAGGGUCUGUGGAACUCCUGGGUGCGUCCCCACGGCGCCCAGACGGUGGGCUCCCUGGACCUGGGCGGAGCGUCGACCCAAAUCGCCUUCACCACCGACGAGGGAGCCAGAGGGCCGGGCCUGACCAAGGUCACCCUCUACGGCUAUGACUACACCGUGUACACACACAGCUUCCUCUGUUUUGGCAAAAACGAAGCCGAGAUAACUGUACUAGCCAAACUUGUCCAGAGUUCUGCAGACAGCCUCAAUGUUGUGCAUCCCUGCUAUCCUGCUGGGUUUAACACCACAAUGACGGAGGAGUUCAUUUUUGGAAGUGAGUGCACCAGGGACCUGCGACUAGUCGGCUACAGUCCCAAGCGGAACAUCACCAUUUCUGGAGGGGGCGACGUGAUUGAAUGCAGAAAAGCUGUGAGGAGCAUAUUUGACUUCGCCUCCUGUGGCGGUUUUCAGAACUGCUCUUUCAAUGGCGUGGACCAGCCACCCGUGUCAGGAGAAUUCAUGGCAUAUGCAGGAUUUUACUGGACUGCCUGGGCUCUGAGGCUUGUCGGAUCAUCCUCACUUGAAGAGUUCAACAGUACAAUGUGGAAUUUUUGCUCCAUGAACUGGCAAGACCUCAAGAAGAACUACACCAUAACUGAAAAGCACCUUAAAUCGUAUUGUUACUCUGCAAAUUAUGUCCUCACAAUCCUGGUGGAUGGUUACAAGUUCGACGACCAAUCGUGGAAUGACAUCCGAUUUGAAAAACAGGUGAAGCGCACGAGUAUUGCCUGGACACUGGGGUUCAUGCUGACACUUUCCAACAUGAUUCCAGCUGAGCCCAAACUCGUGAAUCUCCCAAUGGAAAACGGGGUCUUUGCCGGGGUCCUUUUCCUUUUUUCUGCUUUGACCAUCGUCAUGCUUGUGUUUCUCAUCAUCCUCCUCAUAAGAACCUGUUACUAAACAUUAGUUUUAUGGAUAAUGUUUUCAGACUUCAUC